AAGGAGAGACUUUUUGAGCCUGCGUGCACUUUUCCCCUCGAAUCAGGAGUCGAGACUCGAGAGCGAGACUGGGAGCUUCGAAAGCCACACGCCCCACGGGCCACGGGCGCAGCUCCUUUCCCCUGUACCCCCCAACGGCCCAACCCCGCUGGGUCGCUACUCCUCUGCUCCUCCGGUGACCGCGUCAUGCCGCUCCCGACGAUGACCCACUCCUCUGCCUAUCUCCUCCCGGCCCCAACCGCCCCGUCCGACCCCAGCGGCGCUGCCCCGACCACCUACGCGCUCGUCGUCCUCAACCAGCGCCUCCCCCGCUUCGCGCCGCUCCUCUGGUCCCGCGCGCGCCUGCGCGUGUGCGCCGACGGAGGCGCCAACCGCGUCUUCGACGGCAUGCCGGAACUCCUCGCGGGCGAGGACCCCGCCGAGGUCCGCACCAGGUACAAGCCAGAUGUAAUUAAAGGGGACAUGGACUCAAUAAGGCCAGAAGUGAAGGAGUAUUAUUCCAAAUUGGGCACAAACAUAGUUGAUGAAUCACAUGAUCAGGACACAACUGACUUGCACAAAUGUGUAUCAUUUAUCACAAGCAAUCUCCCUAUCCCAGAGAAGUCUAAUCUGUGUAUUCUUGUUCUUGGCGCACUUGGCGGAAGGUUCGAUCAUGAGAUGGGGAACAUCAAUGUAUUAUACCGCUUUUCAAGCAUCAAGAUCAUCCUCCUAUCAGACGACUGUUCAAUCUUUCUGCUCCCUAAGACACACUCCCACGAGAUCCAUAUUAAGAAAUCGGUUGAAGGUCCUCACUGUGGUUUGAUUCCGAUGGGUGGACCGUCAGCUACCACAACAACCACAGGGCUCCGAUGGAAUUUAGAUAACACCAACAUGAUGUAUGGUGGAUUGAUAAGCACAUCUAACAUCGUGGAUGACGAUAAAGUAACGGUGACUUCAGAUUCUGAUCUGGUUUGGACCAUAUCGCUUCGGAAUUGAGUUCAACUUGUAUAAUUCCAUGCCCAAAUUUUGUCGCCUCAAAUUACAUGUAUUCAGUUUCAAUAUUAUUCUGUAACUGGUGUGAUAUUGUUUUCCGCUGCAUGUCGUUAUGUCCAUAUAUGUGAACUUAUUCUUCAUAGUUUAGGAAUCCAGCAUCUGCCAGCCAAAUGUCCCCACAAUCUAUAUUCAGCUGUUUCACACUUUCACUGUUUGUGCAUCUGAAUAUCAAUCAACUUUGUCGAAGAA